ACUCUAGCCUACAGGUGGGUUCUUUCCCUUCGGGUGGUGGUUUUUCCGGCGUUGGUGCUCCGAUGGAGGAAGUCGCCGGCGAGCUGAAGCGGACGGAGGUGAAGAAGGAGGACCUCUCCAAGGCGUACGAGCAGCUGCAGUCGCAGCUCUCCUCGUUCCUCUCCUUCACGCUCCCGUGGAAGGACCUGGAGGACCACCUGGAUGGCGUCCGGCGGUCGCUCGAGCGCCGCUCCGAGGAGCUCGAGGAGCGGGCCCGCGCCGUCGCGUCCCAGGAGGAGGGGCUGCGGUCGGCGCGGCGGAGGGCCGAGGAGCGCGAGGAGGAGGCCCGGAGGAAGGAGGCGGACCUGAGGUCCGUGGAGGAGCGGCUCGAGAGAUGCAGGGACGAGCACAGGAAGGAGGAGGGCCGGUUGGUCGCGACGCGCGACGCGCUUAGGGAGUGUAUCUCGCUGAAGAGGGACAAGAAGAAGGAGCUGAGCACUCUGGUGGAGAAGACCGGGGAAUGUCGCCGGGAUUACGAUUCGAAGAAGGAGGAGGUGGAGGCUGUGCGGCGGGAGCUGGACUCGAAGGAGAAGAAGGUCGGGGUGGUGCAGAGUUUGCUCCAGGAAAAUGCUCGGGAACUUGGUGCGAAAGCGGAGGAGUUGGGUUCGGUGAAGCGUGCUCUUGAUGAGUGCUCUGGCGCGGUUAAAUCGGCAAGGGAGGAAUGGGCUGCGGUGCAGAGUCUUCUCGACCACACUCUCAAGACGCAUGCCGAGAGUGAGAAGAGGCUGAGCGUUCUGGAGCGCGCGAUCGAAGAGUGCGAUGAGGAGGUCGCGGCGAAAGCCGAAAAGUUGCGGUCUCUCGAAGAUAAGAUGAGCGGCUGUCGAGUUGAACUCAGGGCGAAGGAGGAGGAACUCGAGGGAAUCUGUAGGUCCGUCGAGGAGCGGUCCAAGGAGCUCGAAUGUAAAGAGGGUCGACUCCGUACUGUCAAUGUAUUGAUCGACGAGCACAGAGAGGAGCUCAAAUCCAAAAAAGGGGAGCUUGAGGGAAUCGACAGGUUGAUCGAUGAGCGGUCGGUGGCACUUGCUUCGAAAGAUAACAAAUUGGGGUCCAUUAAAACAUCUAUCGGGAAGCAUUCCAAAGAAAAUAUGGUGGAGUGGCUGAAAUGCUCAGGUUCAUGCUAUUUUGGCAUCACACAUAUAUAUAUAUUGCUUUUUUGGCAAGUUCCAUACGGUUCUUUGGGAUCUAUUCAACGGAGGCAAAUAAAGACCGAGGAACCAGAAAAUUUUGCUGUGCACAGUGCAGAUGAUUCUUCUGUUGAAUAUCCACCACCACCAACUAUGUUAGCUAGAAAAGAUUUGCAGCUUUUCCAAACUGGGCUUUUGAAUGAGAAUGCUAUGAUAUGUGAAGAAAUCUCCCAAACGCUGCAAAACUCAUCUGACCCUGCAAAAGUUGUUCUGGAUGUUAUUGCGGGGUCUUAUUCUCAAUACUCAAACAGUAAGGAUAUGAAUUUGCGGACAGAUGUUAUGAGCAGUCAAAUUGUACUGUUAGAGCAGCUCGUGAGAAUUUCGCCUUCAAUAACACAUGAGGUUAAAGAAGGAGCAAUGAAGCUGGUGAGAGAAUGGAAAGCGAAACUGUCUGAUAAACCCGACAGCGGUUUGGAGGUUUUGGCAUUUCAGAAUUUCUUGGCUGCAUACAAUUUGAUUUCUUUGUUCAAUGAUGCUCCUCUGUUGGGCCAUACCCUUGGUCUUGUCAAUGAGAUUACAGCGCCAGCCAGCAUACCUGCUUCUCUCUCCAGAGUCCAUCUGCAACCACCCGGAGAGAAGAAACGCUCGGCUAGUGACGCAGCAAUCGAUGUGCAAUCCCAAUCCUGUGCACGUAAGUGCAAGCACAUGAUGAACAAUCAGGGAGGUCCCAUGUAAUCCUCUUUUUGACUAAGGUAUUCUUUGCUGAAAGGAGGCCGGAGAGAUUUGUGUGGUGGCAUUGCCAGACCAAAUCUCAUAUGAUUUCCAGGGGACAUUUGUUGCUGAUGACGUACAGGAUGUAUAGACGAUAGGUCUUGUUUUCCCAGGAGAAUGUGUACUUAGGUUUCCUAACAUAUGCGGUGUCCCAUGCUUGCCAAGCGAGUUAGUGCUUUUUGUAUGCAGACGUUUUCAGGAAGCUCUCGGUGAACAUUGGUAGCAGUGUGCAGAAUGCUUCGGACAAUGGAAGUAACUGAAGUUCAUGUUUUACUCA